AUGUUUAAACGAGAUCUUGUCCUGUUUCGAUCAGCACGUCUUUUUUCUUCAUCGACAAAGAAAAAAACUUCAACCAACGACGAUGAUCUAUGUAUUUCUCAUUCAUCAAAUCGUUUAUGUCCGAUCUGUCGAUGUUCGUAUGAUAAUCAAAAACAUAAACGCUUAAUCGAUACGACAUGUCAUCAUGAAAAGUGCUAUACAUGUAUGUUCAAGUAUGAACAAUGUUCGAUAUGCUUGUCACAUUUAGUUAAAAAUCGUUGUUCACAAGAUAAUACAAAUACAAUGAGAUCAACAUCACCUUCAAUUAUCCCAACAUCUACUUCUCAAUCUCUUACAUCAUCAACCAUAAUUGCUAAUAAUUUACUUGUUCAAGCUUCACCUCCUAUGUCACGUUCUACUAUUGAACGACCUCCACCAACACCAAUGAAACCAGUAUCUCAUUUUCAAAAAAUUUUACAUCAUUUUAAUGGAAGUAAAUCAAUAAAUAAUUCAUGUAUACGUGGAACAUCACUUACAACAACUCAACAACGACCUUUAAUUAAAACAAAUGGUUCAAUGACAACAAUAAUGAGAAAUACUCAUAAUAAUAAUAAAUGUUCUGAACAAUUAUCUCCACAACACCAAUCAGAUGAACCAUUACCACCUCCACCACCACCAGAAAUGGCUCAUGAACAAUUACUUGAUAUAUUAUUUCAAGGUAAUCGUACACGUAUUUCAUCAAUAUCUCCAUCAUUAUCAACAUCAUCAGCAACAACACAUACAUCAAUUCAACGAAUGAUGAUCAAUAAAAAGAAACAACAACAACAGCAACAAGUACAAAUUAAUCCAGCAAGUAUUUCACCAGCUAUGUCAAAUUCUGAUCUUUCAUUUUCACCAUCUGGUAUUAAUGUUUUAUCACCAAGUAUUGAAACAUUUUCUGGUUAUGAACUUGGUCCAAUAAAUAAAUCAAUACCUAAUACAAUGGUAGAAUCUCAAACAUGGUCAUCACCACGUUACAUAACAACUCCAUCAUCAUCAUCACCAUCGAAUCAUACAUGUCAUUGUAAUUCAAAUUUAAAUAAUGAAUUAAAUUUAAUAUAUGAUGAAGAAAAAUUUUUUAUUCAACGUGAUUGGAUAUAUGAUGAAAUGUUUAAAUUAUUAAAAGGAACGACAAAACCCGGUCUUGUUCUAUUAAGUCAUACACCAGGAAUGGGUAAAACAUGGUUAAUGAAAAAUUUAUUACGAACAACAACUAUAACAUCACAAAAAACAACAUCAAUUAUUACUCAAAAUGAAAAAUCUUCAAUAAUUCGAGUAAAUUCGGGCAGAAAAACUUCUUAUGAAUGGUUAAAAUCUCAUAUAUUAUCAUCACAUUUUUGUGAUUGUUCACAAACAGAUACUUGUUCAUUACCAGAUAUAAUACAUUCAAUAAUUUAUCGUGCACUUGAACAUCCACUUUUACAUUCUUAUCGUGAUGUUAUUUUACGUGAACAACAUACACGUAAAGCAAUUACAUUAAAUGCAUGUAUACAAAAUGUUGAACAUGCAUUUUUUACUGCUUUUCUUGAUCAAUUAAAUCAAUUAAAACUUCUUGGUCAUUUACAAGAAUUAUUUUCUAUAACAAAUCAUAUUUAUUUAAUAAUUGAUGGUAUUAAUAAUGAAUUAUGUGAUACAGAAGGACAAACAAUAACAGAAUUUUUAUUUACUAAUCUUCAUCGUAUACCAUCAUGGUUAAAAUUAAUAAUAACAAUGAAUCGUAUAGAUGAUAAUCAACAUCAAAUAGAACAAAAUACGUUUCUACAAAAUUUUGCUGUAUUAGAUAUAGAAGAUGAAUUAAGAUUUUCAAAUUAUUUACAUAAUGAUAUUCGAAAAUAUUUAUCCAAAAGAUUAGAGAACGAUUGUAGUAAUGAACUUUAUGAUUUAUCAUCAUCUAUAUCAAAUAUUGAUCAAUUAUGUACAUUAUCUCAUGGAAAUAUAUUUUUUAUUCAACAACUUUGUGAUUUAUUUGAACAACGUGAAUUUCCAUCAAAUAUUGAUCUUCCACGAACAUUAAAUGAAAUAUUUUAUUAUCGUUUUUUAAAUAAUAAAAUUCAAGAACAUAUUGAAGUUUGUCGUAUUAUUCUUGAAAUAUGUUUAGCAUCAAGACGAUCAAUUAAUUUAAAUGUUCUAUAUAAUUGUCUUAAUAUUGAUGAAGAAUUACAUAUUGAAUGGUCAAUAUUUUUACAAUGUAUCUCUCAUUUAUCUGUAUUUCUAACACAAUAUCCAAAUUCAACGUAUGCUAUUGUUCACGGAUCAAUUCGACAUUGGUUAAUAACUUAUUCAAAUCAACAUUUUGCUUGCAACAUUCAAAAAGGUCAUUCUCGUUUGGCACUUUAUUUAUCUCGUUCAUUAACAACUCCAUUACAUGGACCAGAAGCUAUUGAAUGUAUUCGUCAUUUAUCAUUAAGUGAUUUAUUUUCGAAUAAUAUUAUUCAAUUAUGUCAUAUAAUAAAACAUUUAAUCGAUGAUUCAUCACGUUUAUUAGCUUCACUUCGUAAUGCAUUUUAUCCUGAAUUAGAUAUAAGUGAAUUAUUAUUAAUGACAUUAGCUGAUCCAAAUUCAUUAGUUAAUUCAAUUCAUAUGCCACUUUUAUGUAUUGCAUCACGAAAUGGUUAUACAUCAUUUGUUGAAUUACUUUUAAAAUAUCAUGCCAAUGUUAAUUUAGCAACAAAAGAUAAUGAAAAUAAAACAGCUUUAAUGCUUGCAGCUGAAUAUGGACAUGAAUAUGUUGUGAAAUUAUUAAUUGAUCAUAAUGCUGAUAUCACAUUAAAAGAUAAAUAUCAAUUAACAGCUGUUGCUUAUGCAACAAAAUAUGUAUCUAUUUUGAAAUUAUUCACUUGUACAGAUGAAUCUAUAAAACAACAAGCAUUUGUUCACGCUGCAUCAAAUGGUUCAUUAGAUGCUCUUGAAUUUAUGUUAACUGAUAAUAAUUAUUCAAUAAUUGAUAUCAAUGGUAUGGAUUGUAUACAUGGUGAAACAGCUUUAACAAAUGCAUCAAGUUAUGGUCAUAUAAAUAUAAUUGAUUAUUUAAUAACAAAUCAUCAAGCAGAUAUCGAUCGAACAAAUUCUCGUCAAAUGACACCAUUAUUAUUAGCAGUUAAAAAUGGUAUGUGGCCAUGUGUAGAAUAUUUACUUGAUCAUCAAGCAUCAAUUGAACAUUGUGAUAAACAAAAACGAACAUGUUUAAUAAUUGCAGCUAGUGAAGGUCAUCUAGCUGUUAUUGAUAGUUUAUUAGAAAAAGGUGCUAAUGUUCAUCAUGAAGAUGAAGAAGGACUUACAGCUUUAUCAUGGGCUUGUUUAAAAGGUCAUUAUCAUGCAUGUGAAGUUUUAUUAGCUCAUGGAAGUGAUAUUAAUCAUGAAGAUACAAAUGGACGAAUACCAAUUGAUAUGGCAUCAUUUUAUGGUGAUGUACAACUUGUACAAUUACUUAUUGAUCAUGGUUCAAUUAUUGAUCAUGUUGAUAAAAAUGGAAUGCGUGCACUUGAUCGUGCUAUUGGAUGUCGAAAUGUUGCUGUUGUUAAUUGUUUAUUAAAGAAAAGUGUUAAACUUGGUCCAUCAACAUGGGCAUUAGCAGCCGGUAAAAAUGAUAUGAUGACAAUUUUAAUAUCCAAAUUAAUUGAUGAUGGUAUUUCACUUUAUAAAAAAAAUCAAUAUAAAGAUUCUGCUUAUCGUUUUGCAUAUGCAUUAAAAAAAUUACCAAGUGAUAUUGAUCAACAAACAACUGAUCAAUUUAUAACUAAUUUUCGAUUUAUGAAAUAUAAUUGUUUAAUUAAUUUAGCUAAAUGUAAACGGAAAUUAGAUUCUUGUGAUGCAGCUAUUGAUUAUUGUACACAAGCACUUUAUAUUCAUAAUACAGCUGAUGGUCUUUUACUUCGAUCAAGAAUUAAACGUGAUCAAAAAUUAUAUGAUGAUGCAUUGACUGAUUUACUUGCUGCAAAAAAUCUUGAUCCAACAAAUAAUGAUUUAGAUCGAUAUAUCAAUCGUUUAAAUGCUGAUCUUCAACAUUGUCAUGAAACACUUUUAUAA